AUGACUUGUUCAAAAGCUAAAAGUACUGCACCUGAUAGCUCAGACACAGGACAAUCUCAAGAGAAGCUUGAGGAACCUAUUAGUACCUCAUCAAAUGUCUGUGCCCAAGAGCAAACUUGCUUCAUCAAAAUCUCGCCUCCUGAAACAUCCCUUGAUGUUCCCAAUAAUACUCCCACAUUCACUUUCAAGCCCAAAGCAGCCAUUUCAGAUGCAGUGUCGCAUAUCCAUCAGAACAUGCUCAAUACCACUAUUCUAAACAUCAUCAUCACCAACCUCCCCACAAAACAUCCAGACCUCCACAAAAAUGCCAUAGAACACUGCCACAUACAUCAAGUUGCCACUUCAUCACCUGUCACUCUUGCUAUCACUGUUAUUACUCCUCCACCUUAUCCAAGCAUGCCUAUACUCUCAGCAGCCAUAUUGUCUUACAAGAAGGUCACUGAUUUAGCCAAGUCUAUCAUAACAACAUCAGCAGCACAUAUACUGUCUUGCAACAACCAUCACACAACCAUAGCCAUCACUAAGUCAUUGACCACAAUUAUAUGCCCUCAUAAGUCUCCAAAUCCCCCCAUGCUACUAGUGUCACAGCUCGGCUCCGACUCGGCUUUUACUGGCUACACCUGUAGUUUAUUUAUGCUGGAAGAUGUGUUGGGAUCAGGUUCAUAUGGUUCUCAACAUAUAUCACUAGCUGUCGUGUACCACGCACAUAACUUCCUCAAUGAUGAUGGAGUCAAAAUAUCAUGCUUUGGCCCUCGACCUCCUUGGGCCAUCGCUGCACAAUCUAUUCCUCACAUGCAACCAAAAAUUUAG